AUGGAGGGUCAGAUCGAAAAUGUGGUCGAUAUCCUGUCGAACCCCAGAUCCGACCAGUCUCUUCAAGGGCAGGCCCUCGAAUACCUCGGCCAGCUGCGAUUUGACCCGCAAGCAUGGCAGGCCUGCACCAACCUCUAUGUCCGGACAUCGCCCCGGGCCUCCGAACUUGCCCGCAUGACGUGUCUUGAAAUUAUCAACUACGCCGUCUACAACCACGGCCUUGACCCCGACAGCCUGAGCUACCUUAAGCAGACAUUGCUCGAAUAUGUUCGCCGGACGUACGGCCCCGAUGCUCAGAACGAUCCCGACCAGCCUCACAUCCAGAACAAGCUCGCACAGACGUUGACGUACUUGUUCGUUUUCCUAUACCAGAGCGGAUGGCAAUCGUUCCUCGAAGACUUUCUCGCCCUCACCGGCAUCGCCAACAACGUCAACAGUGUUAGCGGCACUCUCUUCUAUCUUCGCAUCUUGUCCUCGAUCCACGACGAAAUUGCCGAUAUGCUCCUGUCUCGCCAGAGCAACGAAUCCAAGCGUAACACGGAGCUCAAAGACCAGCUGAGAGCACAGGAUAUGCAUCGUGUCGCCGAUUCUUGGAAGCAGCUCCUCGCUCGCUACAAUGACCAUGAUGCCGUCGUCGAAAUGGUCCUCAGAGUCAUAGGCAAGUGGGCUAGCUGGAUGGAUAUUUCCCUCAUCAUAAGCCAAGACAUGCUUAGCCUCAUCCUCCCUGUCGUCGGGCGGAACAAGAAUGAAGGCCGAAGCGACAAGAUCCGCGACAUCGCCAUCGAGACCCUUACCGAGAUAUGCGGCAAGAAGAUGCGUUCUGCCGACAAGAUGGAGAUGAUUUCCUUCCUCGGCCUCCAGAGCAUUGUCAACCAGCUGGUUUCCAUGCCUCUCUUAUGUGAAUACCGUGGAACUCCCCAAUACGACACGGACCUCGCCGAAGUCGUUGCCAAGCUGGUCAACAGUGUAGUCUCCGACAUCGUCAGAGCACUCGACGAUGGGCAGGUUACCAACGAUACCCGAACUCGCGCCAAGCAGCAUCUCAACGACUUCCUCCCACUGCUCCUUCGCUUCUUCUCUGACGAAUACGACGAAGUCUGCUCUACUGUUAUCCCGGCGCUUACGGACCUCCUCACCUUUCUCCGCAAGCUAGGACAGCUUCCCGACGAGUACAACACCAUGCUUGCCCCCAUCCUCGAUGCCAUUAUUCGUAAAAUGCGAUAUGAUGAGACGUCGUCCUGGGGAAAUGAGGACGAGCAAACAGACGAGGCUGAGUUUCAGGAGCUCCGAAAGAAGCUUCAGAACUUGCAGAAGACCAUCGCCGCCAUCAACCAGCCUCUCUACAUGGACAUGCUCAGCAACCUGGUCGCCACGACCUUUCAGACCCUGGAUCAAAGAGGAUCGGAUAUGGACUGGAGAGAUUUGGACCUGGCCCUGCACGAGAUGUACCUCUUUGGAGAACUCGCAUUGCCCAACCAUGGUCCUGGUACCAAGAAUCAGCCCUCUAGCGAGGCUUCUGAGCGUUUGGUCGUCAUGGUCUCUAAAAUGGUUGAGUCUGGUAUUGCCAACUUCUCGCAUCCCGCCAUUUUGCUUCAGUACAUGGAGAUUUGCGUGCGCUACAGCGCUGUCUUUGAUACAAACACACAGUACAUCCCACAAGUACUGGAAAACUUUGUUCGGCUGGUGCAUCACGAACAUGUACGGCUCAAGACUCGCUCGUGGUAUCUCUUCCACCGAUUUAUCAAGCAGCUUCGGGGACGGGUUGGAAACGUCGCCGAAACUGUUAUCCAGUCUAUUGGCGACCUGCUUCCGAUCAAGGCCGAGGUUCCAGGCGAAGACGCAGACGAUGACAUGUCGUCGGACGAAUCUGACCACUCCGCCAAUGCUCUCUUUAACAGUCAAUUGUACCUCUUUGAGGCGAUUGGAUGUAUUUCAUCUACUUCCAGCACCCCCAUCGAGAAACAAGCACUCUACGUUCGAUCAGUGAUGGAGCCCCUUUUCCAGGACAUGGAAGUGCACCUACCCCGUGCCAAGUCUGGUGAUGCCCAGGCCAACCUUCAAAUCCACCACAUCGUAAUGGCACUAGGCACGUUAGCACACGGCUUCUCUGACUGGACGCCAGGGUCUACGAGCAAGGAACACACGCCGCCAGACAAAUUGGUUGCGGCUGAAUUCUCGCGGGCCGCCGAGGCUAUUCUCAUUGCACUCAGUCAACUCAACUCAUCCAGCGAGAUUAGAACAGCCUGCCGUUCUGCAUUCUCUAAACUGCUUGGUGUUUUGGGCGCUGCUGUACUCCCUCAACUUCCCCAGUGGAUUGAUGGAUUGCUGUCGCAAAGUUCGUCCAAAGACGAGAUGGCCAUGUUCUUACGUCUGCUUGACCAAGUUGUAUUUGGCUUCAAGGCCGAAAUUUACGAUGUGCUGAACGUCUUGCUGACCCCCCUCUUGCAGAGAAUCUUUGCGGGACUGACGGAGCCAAUUCACGGAACAGAUGACGAGAUUCAGCUUGCAGAGCUUCGACGCGAAUACCUUUCGUUUAUUCAGAUUAUUCUGAACAACGGACUUGAGGGCGUUUUGAUUAGCGAAGCCAACCAAGGCUAUUUUGAGUCGCUUAUUUCCUCUGUGAUUGAGCUGGGAAAGACGUUCGACGGCAACUUGGGACCUUCCAGGCUCGCGUUUACCAUCCUACUGCGCAUCUCCUCCGUCUGGGGUGGCCCUGAUGUCGCUACCAUCUCUCAGAACCCCACUGCACCAUCAGGAUCGGCAAAUCCGGUGAUCCCUGGUUUUGACCAGUUCAUGCUUGAUCGUUUCCACACUGCAUGCUGGGAGGUACUGCGCAAUCCCAACUUCCGGCCCGGACAGGACGCACAGACAAAGCAGAUUCUAGUGGAAAUUGCUAGUCUAGAGCAGCUCAUCUACACUAAGACGGGCGACGCUUUCAUCCAGAACCUACAGAAUGGAGUGUUUCCGACGUUGGGCAUCAAUGGCGACGAAUUCCUGCGGUCGCUUACUACGUCGACCGACAAGAAGCAAUUUCCUUCAUACCUGCAGGGCCUACUCAAGAGCCGCCAAUGA